AAAAAACCCCGGCCCAUAUGUAUAUAUAGUUUAUUUCCCAGCCCAAUCUCACUUCAUCUCUCUCUCUCUCUGUCUCUCUCCACUCUCUGUACCACACUCUACAAUACGAUUUCUCACAAGAAUAAUUUAAUAAUUGGAUUUGGAGAUUGCUUCUCAAAAGACAUUUUAGUUUGAGCAAAUAAUAUUGGAGAUGGAAAACAAAAGAAAGCGUGUUUUUAGCACAGCUGAGGAUGGUAGGAGCCGGGAUUGGUCUGAUCUUCCUGCAGAUCUUCUUCUGUUGAUAUUGAGACAUCUUAAUUUUUUGGAUCAUCUCUCGUUUUUUGGGGUGUGUAAAAGCUGGCGUUGGGCUUUAGAACAAUGCACGCUGGAAAACCAGCUUCCUGCUCAGCCAUAUUGGGUCAUCUCCAGAAAAAUGAGCACCAGUACUGAUAUUAUAUGGCAUUUUGGUGACUCCUCCACGAGACGUUCUUACACAAUUAAUGUCCCUGAAUUGAGCCAGGCUAGGUGCCUUGUCUCCAAACAUGGGUGGCUCUUGCUGUUUUCUUCAGAACCCAUCUCUUCACUUUUCUUCUUUAACCCAUUCUCUCGUGCACGAAUUGAUCUGCCUUGGACUAGUGAGUUCUCUAGAUUGACCGAUAUACUCGAUAAACACCCCCCAGUUUUCACUUUGUCUGCACCCCCUACAUCUCUUGAUUGUGUUUUGUUUGCCAUUGCUUUUGUUAAUGUGGAUAGUUUCAGAAUCAGUACCUGUCGCAGAGGGGAAACUACCUGGACCACCCAUGAUUGUCAAUGUUGAAUAACCAAAUUCGUGCCAAUUAAGAACAUACAACGCUGAUGCAAAGGUGUGGCAGCGUUUUAGAAGAAGCACAAUUAUGAAAAUUCCCCUAACUCAUACAGAUGAAAUUUACUCCUAUAUGGUACAACCCCCCGAUAAAAAACCAAUGAUAUGUGUAUUAUGGGAGCUGGAGGACGAUACAGUGGCAAUUUGGCUGUGCUGAACUCAAGAGCCCUCCCAUUGGGUGCAGGUCGAAGCUACGUGUGAUGAAAUCUCCUGAAUUACUGUAUGGUGUGAAUCCUGGCAAGAAAGCAACAGAGGUACCCGGGUGGUUAUGCAUGGAUAGCUUCCGUGGUGGUUCAUGGUGCAUUUCAUUUGAUUCCUCUGAAGGUGAUGAUCAUCAACCUGUGCUUUUCAGUUGGCAUUUGCUUGAUCAAUUGUUUAGUUUAGUGAUUUCCUAUUUCCUUUAAUGGUGGAGUUAAUAGAACUUGUGUUUUUUUAUACAAAUGCAAGAUGAUCUCUCUCUCUCUCUCUCUCUCUCUCUCUCUCUCAAGCAAAAACUGUAUUAUUACCAUAAUCAUUGAAUUCCCAAUA